AUGGAAGCAGAAUACAUUCGAAUUGCAGAAGCAAUUCAACAAGAAGCUCGCAAGAAUGACAAGAAGCGGCUUCUCGUUGCCAUAGCUGGAAUACCAGGCUCUGGCAAGACAACCACAGCCUCAGCCGUCGCUCAACAACUCCGAGCCGAGUCACAACCAAACAAAAUAGCCCUCAUUUCCAUGGACGGCUUCCAUUUGUCGCGGGCGGCAUUGGACACACUCCCUAAUCGGGAAGAGGCAUAUAUUCGGCGCGGUGCGCCGUGGACAUUUGAUGCAGUUCGUUUCGUUACGUUUGUUCAACAGCUACGACAGUGGGCGGAUUCUACCCCGUUUCCCUCAGACGGAGGCUCAUCGUCUGACGCUACUGUAAUAUAUGCGCCGUCAUUUGAUCAUGAGGCGAAAGACCCCAUUGAGAAUGGCAUGGUUGUUACAAGCGAUGCCUCGAUUAUCAUUAUCGAAGGCAACUAUCUCCUGUUAAACGAAGAACACUGGCGUGAUGUCUCGCAACUAGUCGACUAUCGCAUAUUUGUCGAUGCAGACUUGCAGGAAGCUAGGGGAAGAGUCGCUCGACGUCAUGUUAGUGCGGGGAUUGAGAAGACGCUGGAAGAUGGUUUUCGUCGUGUCGACAGCAAUGACUAUCUGAAUGCGCUGCAUAUCCAGGGGAAACUGAUACGGCCUGAUAUGGUGGUUAAGAGUGUGGAAUUGACAUAG